AUGAAUUUCCUUUUAUUCAUUUCGUAAUAUUCCUUAGUCAUUUGUUGUAAAAAAUUAUUUUCAGACUAUUAGAAUGCGUUUAGAAUCGAAAAUUAUUUUAUAAUUAAUUUAUGAGUGAAGAUCAAUCUGAGACAAAUAGAAUGUCUGUUAAACAAUUACCAGGUAAAUCUUAUUCAAUGAUUAAAACUACAACACCUUAUUAAUAAUAACCUUCUUCUUAGAGAAAAAGUGAGAUCUUUGCAAGAAGUUCAUUAUAAGGAGAAGAACCCAAUAACUAAUAAUUAGCGAGUGAGGUUCAAUAAGAAAUUAAAUAAGAAUAAACAGCAUAACAAUUUGGCAACCUAAUCAUGAUUUCAAUAACCAUUUUAAAAUUUACAAUCAAAAAAUUUAAUUCUUUACUAAGAUGAAGG